AUCAUAAAAAUAAAAACGUCAACAAAGUUAAUUAACCUAAAUUAAAAUUUAUCCGGCCCUGAAAAAUAUAGUUUAAAAAAUAAAUAUUUGGAAAAUUAAAAAUUUAAAGGGGGCAAUAAACUACAAAUUAAACAAUUAAAGGACCAUAACGGAAAGUUUCAAGUGUAAAUAUAGUUGUUGCGUAGUUUAGUGUUGUGGAAGUCGCCUUAUCACUUAUCAGUUGUUCCAGUACUAUUGUAUUACUCAUCCAAAACCAAAAUGCCUUCGAAAAAAAUCGAAAAAAUUGACGAAAAUGUUUUGGCUCAAAGAUUGGCAACAUUUAACCCAGAACCUUUAGUUAAACUUGCAAAUACUGCCAAGGACAAAGACGAAAUCGAAAUUUCAGCAAUAAUUGAAGAUGAAAACACCAUUGACUUGGCCAAAACUAAUUUUUUAAAUGUACUAAACAAUGAGGACAUCAAGAAAGUAUGCGAAGGAACUAUUAGGAAAUACGGUGUUGGAACUUGCGGUCCAAGAGCAUUUUACGGUACAACUGAUGUUCAUUUAGAACUGGAAGAACGCAUAGCCCAAUUUCUAGGAAUGCAAGAAUCCAUCGUUUACUCUUAUGGCUUUUGUGCCAUAUCCAGUUCGAUUGCUGCCUAUUGCAAAAAAAGCGAUGUCGUAUUUACUGACACUAAUUGCAAUGGUGCUAUCGAACAAGGCCUUCUGAUGGCUAAAUGCAAAGUGGUGCAUUUUGAUCAUCAAAACCCAGAAUCUUUCAAGAGAGCAGUCGAAAAUAUUGUCCAAAAUGAAAAGGAAAGUAAAAGAAGAGCCAGGAAAUUUUUAGUUGUCGAAGGUGUCUCCUGGAAAACAGGCAAAAUUCUGCCAUUGGAAGAAUUUUUAAAAGUUGCAGAAGAUAAUAAAAUAAGAGUCUUCUUAGAAGAAUCAUAUUCAUUUGGUGUUCUUGGAGACAAAGGCCAAGGACUGAUGGAACAUUUCAACAUAGAUCCUUGGAGAUUGGACAUGAUUAUUGCCACAUUGGAGACCGCAAUUGGUUCUAUUGGGGGAUUUUGUGCAGGUUCUCACAUGACAAUAGAGCACCAACGCCUUUCAGGAAGUGGCUAUAUCUUCUCUGCUUCUUUGCCCACUUUCCUGGUACAAGCCGGAAUUGAUUCUUUAAACCUUAUCGACUCCACAAAACCUCAUCAUAAUUUAAGAAAACUCUCAUUAAAUUUCCAUGACAUGCUUACUGAUUUGGGUUAUCAGGUACAAAGCGACCCUUUGUGUCCUUUCAAGGUUUUUAAUCGUAAAAAUUGUCAAAACAAGAAAAUUCAUGAAUAUUGUAAGGCUAGAGGGUUACAUUUCAUUUGGAGGGAUGAUGAUGAUUGUUUUGUUAUCAAUCUAAAUGUUGAUUUGUUGAAUAAUGAAAGGAAAUAUAAGAAAAUUGAAGAGGUUUUGAGAGAGGCUAUUGAUAGUGUAUCUAAUUAAUUAAUGUUAACUAUUUUUAUAAUACAUAUAACUAGUACCUUAUGUAUACAUAUUAGAAAAGCAUCAUGUACCUAUACUUUACUUAUUGAAAAUAAAGGACAGUUUCUUCAUCAAAUGUUGAAUUUACCAAAGAUGAUUUUAUUUUCUGAAUUUUUAUUCAAAUUUCCCAGAGAAAUCAAAAUAACAGAGAUGAAAAAACUUAUCCUUAAAAUAAGAGCAAAAAUUGAUUUUAUUUUAUUGGUACAACCUCUAGUAAAUAUCAAUACAUUUUGUUGACCAUGACCAGGAAUCGUCUACAAAAUUAAUUGGUGAAUUUACAUUCAAUUUUCUAUUUUUGCGACAACAGACUGUUCGCGUCAGGUAAACAGAUGGUCCAUUAUUUAGAGGUGUUAAGAUUAAGAAAAUCGUGUUGUAAAAUUUAUAGGUGUUUGUUUUAUGGAGGUGUCAGAAAAUAAUAUUUAAAUAAAAAAGUUAGAAGUAGACAAGAAUAAUUCUUACCUGAAGAUAUCCUUGAUCACAACAAUAGCCUCCUGCACCACAUAAUUAACUUUGGUCUGGAUCAGAUCUAACAAAGUUGAUACACAACGCUCUGCAGAUGGUUCCACUUUAAUGGCACACCUUCCAAUGGCUCUCACGGCUUUUCUUACAAAAUCAACAUCAACUUCUGUAGCAUAUUCCUUCAACUCACUUAAAACUUGGGCGAUAUUAGCUUGAGAAGCUAGACGAAUCAUUAUAUCAAGUUUUUCCAGUUUUACGUAGAUGGGAUCAUUGUAUUUCACAAAGAAUACCUACAAGAAAUGAUAUUUUAUAUAAGAUU